ACCCAACUGUUUCCAACUACAAUGGCCUCCAUUCCCGCCGGUGACGCCGCCAAGGGCGCCAAGAUCUUCCAGAAGCGCUGCGCUCAGUGCCACACUGUCGAUGACGCCGACAAGACUGGCCCCGGCCUCCAUGGCCUCUUUGGUCGUGUCUCGGGCACCAAGCCCGGCUACGCGUACACCAAGGCUAACCGCGAUGCUGGCAUCCUCUGGCAGGAGGACACCCUCUUCGCGUACCUGAAGAAGCCGAAGAAGUACAUCCCGGGCACCAAGAUGGCGUUCGCCGGCAUCAAGAAGGCCCAGGAGCGCGCUGACCUCAUCGCCUACCUCAAGGAGGCUUGCGCCUAAGAUAAUCUCGCCGCUGGUCCACGUGAGCGCGUCCUGCUCGCCCUCACAAGGCAGGAGCCCUGGCCUCUUUGUCCUGGCCUCGCGCACAUUCGCUGCAGUAACAUCAAUCUUGUCCGCA